GGCCCCGAGUGUCCCUCCCCCGCCGUCCGCGAAGCCCUCCCGUCACGAUCAUAUGACAGCAGGCGGAUUCUCACGUCUGCGGAAUUGAAGUCGGAAGCGCUAGAUAACACUCGAGCUGCGUCAACGGGAGAGAGAGAGAGAGAGAGAGAAGCUGCUCGACUGGUGACCAUUGAAUUCGGUGUUUUAGUGAUUCAUUGACAGACAGCAUGGAUCAAAAGCCACCACCUUAUAACCCAGCGAUGAGCCCUCCCCCAUCGGGACCUCCUCCUCCAUACCGGCCUAUGACACCCCCUCCGCCACCGACGCAGAUUGGAUUCAUUGGUGCUACCCCAGGUGCUAGCACGACCAUCAUCACCACACAACAGCCGACUUACGGAAGCAUCCCUGUAGUGGUCCAGCCCGUGCGGGGGGCAGACGUUAUUGUCGUUGGAGGAUGCCCAGCUUGUAGGGUGGGUGUGCUAAGCGAAGACUUCACUCUAGCUGGUCUCUGUUGUGCUUUCUGGUUCUUCCCCAUUGGCAUCCUGUGCUGCCUAGCCAUGAGGGAACGACGGUGCAGCAACUGUGGAGCAUGCUUCUCUUAGUAUUUGAGAAGUUUGCCCACACACCUUUUCUUAUCCAUUUUUCUUGUUCUUGGGAAAGCAUAGAGUGGGAAGCACAACAUUUACACAAGAGUUUCUCACCAAAUUGGGCAAGGUUGUAUUGCUUUGUAGUGGUGCUUGCAGCCAUGUUCUUCGUUGUUAGGAGCAGACACUUGGUGGGAUAUUGCGAGGCAAAUGAAGAGGAUAUGCAAGCAUAGCCUCCAUAAGAUAUUUUGGUUACCAUCUACUUUUAGAUGUGAAUCUAGUUUUUUUUUUUUUUUUGAUCUUGUGUAUAUGUCCUGUAACUUUUUUUAAAAAUGCAGCCUAUACUCAGCAUUGUCAAGGAGGGGAGGGGAUAACCCACUCCCACAAGUGUCUGCCUCUUUGUUGCAGGAAAACAACAAAAAUAUAGUCUUGUUUUUUGUAUUCGGUUUUAAUUGGAAAUAGUAGAUUUGUAUUAUAUAUAUAUAUAUAUAUAUAUAUAUAUAUAUAUAGAUAGUUUAUAUAGUUUAUAUAUUACAUAUGUAUAUAUAAAAAAAUAUAUAGGUAUGAUAUAAAGAUUUAUGAGUACAUAUAUAUAACAGAUUCUUAAGAUGAACUGUUAGAAAAAAACGUCCAUGUUAAUUAAAAUUAGGGUUUGAAUAUUGGCAUUAAAACUACAAUUAAUUCCUCAUGCAUAUAUAGUGUCUUGAGUUUAAUUCCAAAAUAAAAUUUAUGAACGCAGUUUCCCUGAUGAAAGAUUACUGCGCAAUUCAAAAAUAGGCCACAACCCAAAAUGUUCAUUACACAAUGAUUCAAUGGUUAGGGUAUGAAGUAAAAACCUUUGAUCAGAUAUGAUAGUCCCGAACAGACAUUUGCAUUCUUUUGUUCACUCUGGUAAAAGGUUUUCGAACUUCUUGGUUUUGACACGCAUCAAAAGCAAAAGAAGACCUUGUUGUUAGACUUUUGGAAAAUCACCACCACCUUAUUUCUUCACUGUGAUUCAGGAAGUCAUCACGCCUGCUAAUAGGUUCCUUUAUUCUUAAUUCAAGUAUAUUUGUAUACUGAUUCCUAUGAGAGUUUGACAUGUAAGUACUUAUUCCUAUUUUGGGGGUUGUAGAUUUUUCUUGUUCUGAAUAAUGUUUUGAUUCGGAAAAUAACGAGGUAUUUGCAUACUCUGUUGAUUUCUCUAUAGUGUUGUAUGUUUUUCUAAGGAAAUAAAAGACAACUGUUA